AUGGCUCAUAGUGCCAAACUCGUAGCUCUUAUUCACAUAUUUGCUUUGUCAUUUCUGGAUAUUCUUGAAAUAAGCAAUGGCACAGAGACUGAUAUCUACUGCUUGAGGUCGAUUAAAGAGUCACUAGAAGACCCUUACAACUACUUCAAAUCAUGGAAUUUCAGCAACAACACAGAAGGUUUCAUCUGUGACUUUGUUGGGAUCGAAUGCUGGAACUCUGAUGAAAACAAAGUAUUUAAUAUCAAGUUGAAGAACAUGGGGCUAAAGGGCCACUUUCCUCGGGAAAUCGAGAACUGCACAUUGAUAAAGGGUCUGGACCUGUCAGGCAAUGAGCUUACAGGCACCAUACCAUCUGACAUAUCUAUGUUGCUCCCGCACGCGACCUCCAUUGAUCUAUCAUCCAACAAUUUUGCUGGUGAAAUCCCUAAGAGCAUAGUGAAUUGCACCUAUCUAAGUGUCCUUCGACUUGACAACAACCAGCUAACGGGAUUUAUCCCUCCAAAAAUUAACCAGCUUCGGAGUCUUGACAAGUUUAGUGUUGCUAACAAUCUCUUGUCAGGGCCGGUGCCUGUGUUUUCCUAUCAUAAAAUUCCCUUAGAGAGUUACGCAAAUAAUCCGGGACUUUGUGGGGCUCCAUUGGAACCUUGCUUGCCUUCUCCUAAGAAGUUUAUUGUUCUAUUCAAAGAAGGAUUUCUGGUAGGCUGGAGUACUGAUAUGGUCUCGGUGGUAGUUAUGUUCCGUAAUACACUAAGAUUUCUUAUGAAAAAGGCAACAACCAAGAAGAACAAGAAAAUAAAGAAAGCAGUGAUUGGAGGAGCCCGAUGGUGUUUUACUGAUGAAAGAAGCAGGAAUAUGAUGAUGUCUCAGAUGCAGAAAAUGGCUAUUAGAAUGAGUUUUAUAGAAAUUAGUCAGGCGACUGGCAAUUUCAACACACACAAUGUCAUUGGAUUAGGAAAGAUUGGGAUGAUGUACAAGGCAGUGAUUCCAAAUUGCUGGCCUCUUGCAGUUAAGAGGUUAACUAAUUGUCAAUCUCAUGAGACACAAUUCCUAUCUGAGCUAUCAGCUCUGGGUAUAUUGAGACAUGAUAACUUGGUUCCCCUCCUUGGAUACUGUAGCGAACAGAACGAGAAACUUCUGGUGUACAAAUACAUAUUGCAUGGCAACCUUUAUGAUUGGCUACAUGUAGGAGAAGGAGAACACAAGGAUAAAAUAUUGGAAUGGCAUUCGAGGACUAAAAUUGCGAUUGGGAUAGCAAGAGGCCUAUCAUGGCUUCACCAUAAGUAUGAUUUCCGAGUGGUCCACCUCAACUUGGGUUCAAACUCUAUCUUAUUAGAUAAGAAUUUUGAGCCCAAGAUAUCAAAUUUUGGGGGAGCAAAAAUAUCAAGUUCUAGUGGGAUAAUGUUCACAAAUUCAAACGUCAUUGACACAAGCAAUAGCUCUUUUGUAGACAGUGGGGUAUGGGAGUUGGGUUUUGUUAAAAAGGAUGUCUAUGACUUUGGAAUUCUACUUCUUGAGCUAAUUACAAGGAAGGAACCCAUUGAAAUUAAUAGUUUUUCAUACGAUUUUAAUGGGAGUUUGUUUGAUUGGAUAACCCACUUUUUGAGAAAUUCAUCUGAUAUUUACAGUGUUAUUGAUAAUUCUCUAAUUGGCAGAGGAUUUGAUGACGAAAUCUUUGAGUUACUUAGAAUUGCAUGUACUUGUCUUAACCCCUUCCCUAGUCAAAGGCCAACAAUGCUUGAAUUGUACAAUACAAUAAGUACUUUUGGGGAGAGAGAUGGCCUCACAAAUGACUCUGAGAUAUUGAUGGAACCUGAAAUUGCUAUUGCAAGUAGCUCAAUUGACAUCAAUACAAUAAGUACUUUUGGGGAGAGAUAUGGCAGCACAAAUGACUCUGAGAUAUUGAUGCAAUCUGAAAUUGCUAUUGCAAAUAGCUCAAAUGAAAUUGUUGAGGUAGAAAUUGCAUAG